AUGGCCUCAGAGUACUUCUCAAACGCUCUGACAAAGGCACUAGGAGAACUAGAAUCAGCUCUGACAUCAGCUACUGUCGUCCGCGUUCAAGCUUUCCUCAUGCUCGGCUUGUACAAAUGGAGUCAGCCGAACGGCGGCCUGGCUGCGUGGAUUGUCGAGGGCGGCCGCCCUGAGGAAUCGCUGCCGCCGUGGAACCAAGAGUCGACUUUCUACCAGCUAUGUAAAAGAGUCGAUGAUUUCUAUAAACAUCUUCCGGAAGAUUUCACCUGGUCCAGCGCGAACUUUUGGGGACACAACGACAGCGUGUACAUAUCACUCCAUAUGCUGGGUGCUCCCUGCAAAAUCAUACUGCAUCGCGAAUGCAUCCCGUUCAUCGCCAUCAAGUGUUCUAAGCCGACUGGCCCUCUGGGUGAGUUCGUCUCCAACACUAGAACUGUUCUAGAGAGCUUUUGGGAGCGAAGCGCGGAGCAGGUUUUCAAGGCUGGCAGGGAAAUCAUCGAUCUCGUAUCGUUGUGCCGAGAUAGACUCCCUCAUUCGUCACUGGUCAUGUUCGCGAUCUGGCAAGCAGCCUCUGUGGAAACUUACUCAUGGCACUGUCCCCGCAUGGAUACUCAGAGUCGUAUGGCCAGCAAGCGUGAAAGCGAGGAACGGAAAUCGGGGGGCAGAUCUGAGAGAGUGCAGACAGGAAUUGUUAGCAUCGCUCUCCAAGCAUUGAUCAAGGUUGCACCUUUCUUUAGCAUGGCCUCCAAGUACGUCACGUUUCUUGAGAAAAUGGAUCAAUUUCUCUAA